AAAAGUUUGGUUUUCUCUGUUACUUAAAUUUAACAAUCAGGGUUCUAGUGCCGGAGGAGAGGGUUUUGAAGUUACAAAAUAUGGUCAUGGAUGUGUUGCACUGAUAGGAUUUCCGAGGCACCCAUUCAGAAGCAGCAUCUUAUGAAUUCACUACACUGACCUGCAUUCCUGGUAUCAUAAAUUACAAUGAUACCAAGAUUCAGCUACUUGAUCUUCCUGGAAUUAUUGAAGGUGCUUCUGAAGGAAAGGGGCGUGGAAGGCAGGUUAUUGCUGUUGCGAAAUCUUCAGACCUUGUGUUGAUGGUUCUUGACGCCUCCAAAAGUGAGGGACAUCGCCAAAUUUUGACAUAGGAACUGGAGGCUGUGGGUUUGCGUUUAAACAAAAGACUGCCUCAAAUAUAUUUCAAAAGAAAGAAAACAGGAGGUAUUUCUUUCAAUAGCACUCUCCCAUUAACUCGUGUGGAUGAGAAGCUUUGUUACCAGAUUCUUCAUGAAUACAAAAUUCAUAAUGCAGAGGUUCUAUUUCGUGAGGAUGCCACCGUGGAUGAUUUAAUAGAUGUCAUUGAAGGGAACCGCAAAUAUAUUAAGUGUGUAUAUGUUUACAAUAAGAUAGAUGUUAUUGGUAUUGAUGAUGGGGAUAGAUUGGCUCAGCAGCCAAAUUCUGUUGUCAUUAGCUGCAAUCUGAAGCUGAACCUAGACAGACUGCUUGCAAAGAUGUGCCAAGAAAUGGGACUUGUGAGAGUAUAUACAAAACCACAAGGCCAGCAACCCGACUUCACUGACCCUGUUGUUCUUUCUGCUGUAUGUGAGAUAUUUCCCAUCAUUCAUGCAUUACUACAUUGUCGGAUCCAUGCAUGGAAUUUCUGUAGCUCUCUCAAACCUAUUUCCUUGUUUCUAUUGCUCUGUGUAUGUGAUAGGAUAGAGGUGGCUGCUUGGUUGAAGACUUUUGUAACCACAUACAUAGGAGUUUAGUGAAGGAUGUGAAAUAUGUGCUUGUGUGGGGUACAAGUGCAAGGCACUACCCUCAGCACUGCGGCAUCAGGCAUGUCCUGCAAGAUGAGGAUGUCAUUCAGAUCGUCAAGAAAAAGGUAACUGAAAACCUGUUACUUACGUUUAGUAAAUCUACUUUAUGCUACAGGCUGCCUUAUUGUUUUUCUCGUUUCUGUAUUAAAAAACCCGACAAGGUUUUAUGCUAGUGUGCCUUUGUUUUCUUUGAUAUAUCAUGUUUUCUCUUCUGGAGUCGAAUUUGGGAAACGAGCAUGGAAUGAGAUGCAGCAGCAGUGUGGUUUGUAGGUAAGGGAAGUCGAGGAGUAAUGAUGAACUUGAUUUUGCAGGAGAAAGAAGGAGGGAGAGGUCGGUUCAAAUCACAUUCAACCGCUCCUACUCGGAUAUCUGACAGAGAGAAGAAGGCUCCCUUGAAGACCUAAACCAUGUGGGGCAGCAUUGCGUUGUGGGGGUGGCAAGGCAAGUCCAUAGGGAGAGAGCAUCCUUUUUGUUGUCUCAUGAAUGACUUCUGGUACAUUUUUUUUUUUUUAUAAUUACAUUUCAAUCUUAUAUUUCAUAGUAUUUUUUUUUUUAUUUUUGGUUGCCACAAUUUUUCAUUUCUUAUUCCAUCUCACUUGUAUGUCAUGCGACUUGAAUUUAAGACUUCUUACUUUCAAUAAAAAGAGAUGAUCACU